AGAGAGAGAGUAGAGUGAGUGAGAGAGGACCCCAAACGAAAUGAUGCGCCAAACUUGAAGUUUUGUGUCAGCUGAAUUCACACUUGACCUUUGUCUCAAAAUCUUCAUCAGUGUGGAGCAGUGAACGAAGAGGAGCACCACCAUGGCUGGUAUAACCACCAGCACCGCCUUCCCCUUCCACCACCUCCAUACUCGACCCUCUCCUCUUCUCUCUUUUUCUGAUUCCAAGCUCUUCGGUCUUCCUAUCUCCAAUCCCAACUCCCUCAAAUUCGAUUCUCCUAUAUCUGCCUCCUUCACAUCCUCCCCCUACGUUGCCGCUCGCUACGGCGGUCCCCGCUCUUCCGACUACAACAAUUUCAGGAAGCGCCGGAACGAUUCCGACGACGACCAAGCUCUCGAUAUGUCCUCUCUUAGUUCGAAUUCCGUGAGGCUUAUUGACCAGAGCCAGAAUAUGGUAGGAGUAGUGUCUACCAGUCAGGCCCUUCAAAUGGCUGAAGAUGCUGAACUUGACUUGGUAAUAGUGUCCCCAGAUGCAGAUCCUCCUGUUGUUCGCAUAAUGGAUUAUAGUAAAUAUAGAUAUGAACAACAAAAGAAGAAAAGAGAUCAGCAGAAGAAAAGUGCUGCCAGUCGGAUGGAUUUGAAGGAGCUCAAAAUGGGAUACAACAUUGAUGAACACGAUUAUUCUGUGCGUUUGAAAGCUGCCCGAAAAUUCUUGAAAGAUGGUGACAAGGUAAAGGUCAUCGUGAAUCUUAAAGGUCGUGAAAACGAAUUCAGAAAUAUUGCUAUUGAGCUUAUUAGACGUUUCCAAAAUGAUGUUGGGGAGCUUGGGGCAGAGGAGGCCAAAAACUUCCGUGAUAGGAACAUUUUCAUAAUUUUGGUUCCAAAUAAAGCCGCUCUACAGAAAACCCAAGAUCCACCAAAGAAAAAAGACAAAUCCGCAGCAGAUGAAGUCUCUGCUAGUGUCUGAAACUCUGCUGCGAGUCUACUGUGAAAUGAGUUGUGUGCAACAUAUAUUUUUUUGGCCUGGUUAGAAUAUGUAUGUGUUGUAUAGCGUAUAAUCAUGAGCAACAAUGACACAUUCACCAGAACAUAAUGGUAGAAGCAGCCUUAUGUUAUUCAAUCCAUUGCAUGUCAACUUGGUGAUUACUCAUAGGAAGCUUCAUCAUACCAUAAGGAAUUAUGGGAAAUUGGCAGAGAGAACAGAACGCCAAUUUCAGGCAUUUAUGCCUAUGCCAGCAUGGUAUCUUGCAGUAGCUGUUUCAGGGUGCUGCUUAUAUUUUCUGUAGUCGUAGUUGUAAUGUUUCUAUUUCGAGAUGUAGAUAAUGCAACCUACGUACCUAACGAUUUGAAGCCUUGAAGGUAACGUAGUUCUGAAGUGCUUACGUUCCAAGGUUGCUAACGUGUUACAUAUUUGACUCGUAUAAGUAAUCAGAACCUUGUCCUGAUAGCAACAUGUUAUUUUCAUUUAAUAAUUGACGCCAAACCUUUCUUUGGUUUGGUGCACGAGAUUAAAGUUUA